GGAAACAGGAGAGGAAGAAACACGGUUAAGAAAUUGUGGAUACCAUCCUCCUGGAAAUGCACAAAACAGAAGAAAGUUCCAGAGCAAAGUCUCCAGGGACAGGAUAUGAGCUUCUAGAAGAACUGUUGACUUACGAUGACAUCUUUUUGGAUUUUUUUAAUGCUUUCCUGGCUCUGCCUGCUUUUCCUCUUAGAUUGCAAUAUGACCGACUUACAGGAAGGCUGCAGGAGCUAGAUGGCUUCCUCUUGGAAUCUCCCAGUCAUUUGCCAGACGAACCAAGUUCUUCAUGUUAUGGAGCAACCGAUGUAGAGAGAGAAAGGGCCCUAAGCUGGUUAGCUCAGGAGCGCUUUCUCCCAUUUCAAAGGACUGUCUAUUAUUUGGAAUACAAAUUGGCAAAGCUGCUGGUAUGUCCAUUGGAUGAGAACUACCCAGUGAAUCGCUAUGCCAUUCGUGGUUACAGUCGUCAGUCUGAUAGUACUGCCGUUUCCAGCAUCCCCAGUUUUCCAUCAACAAAUCAGGCAUCACCUGGUAUGCAGAGGGAUGACUUGCUCAGAUGUCCUAGUAAAACACGUAGCACCCCAGCCUUUCUAGGCCGUUUUGCAAAAUCAUCUGGCCAAAUGUCCCUUGAUGUUUUCUUGGAGCUCUCUGACAUUUUGAGCUUUGGCCAAUCCCAGUUUGAAGAACAUCCAAGUAGACUCCAGCUCUCAAGACUCAGACCAGACACUGGUAUAGAAAAGAGAAAUGGAAGUAGUUGGACAAAUGCUGGUGAAAAACUGAUAUCUCCAGAUCAUCAGAGCAAAACUGAAUCUAAUGAAGAGAUCAUUGAGUUUCAUAACAAUAGUAAUUAUGAGAAGCCAUUCUCAGGAUGCCUGCAGGUUUUACAAUUUGACCUGACAGAAACAAUUAUUUCAAAGGAAGAGCAACAGGACAAGUGUUUCCCUUCGGGUUCUGGAAGUGCUGCUUUGCAGCAACUUAAAGAAGAUGUCCUAGGAACUAGAGCUGGUAUGGAAGACUUUAUGGAAUUCCUCCAUAACACAUUAGGAAGCCACCUGUUAAACUUCUGGAUUGAUUGUGAAGAUAUCAUGGAUUGCACCAGGCACUUGGAGACCACAGUUUCACCACAUGAAACACAGCUGUUCUUUUCCAGUGCCUUUCGGGAUAUUCAAGCCAAGUAUAGACUGGCCGUCCCUCCUGCUUUUCAAGAACACCUCGAGGAAAGUAUAGGGGAAGAGGAGACAGCUUUUGCUUCCUUGAGCAGGAAACAAUAUGAUGCCUUAAGACGAUUGCGUUCUUACUGGGUUUCCCGAUUUCUAAUUCACUAUCAGAGAAUCAGGUUUGAACCCAGUUCCGAGGUGCCUAUUGAAGAGGAGCUUCUCUGGAGUGGCGGUUUCCCGUUUUCUUUGCCUAUGGCCACAAUGCUUCCUGCUAUGGGCGACCAAAAGGACAUGGUGAACUACAUGAAAAGAAACAAAGAGUGGAAAAUGAUGAAAAGCAGAAAAGGAACUGGGUCAAAUAGACUGUUAGGCUCUCUUAAAGACUCCUUUGAAACACUGACAACCAUUCGAUUUCUUGAGGCAUUGAUGUGCGAUCUGGGAGAUGGGGAUGGUUUCCUUCACUACUUGACUCGGUUUGAGGAUCCACAAAAGAUUAAUCAUCUGUUGCUGUGGAAGAAGCUAAAAUGUUAUGAAAAUGCACAGGAGAACCAAGCAAACCUAUCUGAAGUACAGAAUUUAGCCUGGCAGAUUUUUCAUAGGUUUCUGGCCACUUGCACAGAAUGCAAUUCAGAGCUUAGUUCCAGUAUGCUAGACUACAUCCAGCAUCUUGAGAAAAUUCUUUCCACUGGCAGUGGAGACUUGACAUUUUCUGCUUUUCAACCCAUGAUUCAAUAUGUGCUGCCUAUUCUGGGUGGAGCGUGGCUCCAUUAUGUUCGCCAUGAAAUCACAACUUUCCUUGAAUACUGUGUUCCAAUAUCUCAUUCGGAUGUCAAAAAUUCUGAAAGCAAAGACCAUAGAAGCAAUCAGGACAGAAUUGGGAGGAUAAAGAAGCAGAAACCAAACACCUAUAUUCAUGGCUCAGAAAAAAGAGGGUUACACGGGAAAGGGGGUAAAAAGAAGAUGCUUUCCAAAUCUCCCACAGGGGUGGUUUCCAAAUCUCCCAGCAUAAGCAGUACAGACCAAGGAAGUAGGGAAAAAUCGCCAGUUCUUCAGGACUCACCCACCCCUCAAAAUGUGCCAGAUUUUCUUAGCAACCCAGUUAUCUUAAAUGUGUACAAAAAGGCAGCUUGUAAAAUGCAGAAUGUAGAGCUUCAGAUGGUUUUAGGACUGCUACAGGAAAUGGAGGCCUGUUUGGAAGUCCCAGCACCUGAAAAACAAGUGAAUUGUGCAGUAAAAUUUCUAGAUAUGUGGAACAAGCUGGGGGUUUUGAGAUCUAGCAUUCCCUUCCCCAAAGAACUGAAGAAAAGAAUAAAGGAAGAAGUGGCCCAGGGAGAAAUUACUGACGCCACCUGGAAUGAAAUCCAGCUCUUAUUACGUUCCCUGGUUGUUCCUACUUUUGAGCAGUUUUGGGAUGAGAUGAGUGAAGGGUUGAAGAAAUAUGGACUGGUGCCUUCUCAGAUUACAGAAGAACGUUGGUGCAAGCUGGAACCAUUCCUAAAUGUGAUAGCUGGAAAAGUAGCUCUUAGGCAUAUAAGGAACAGGGAAGCACAAGAUGCAUCAGCAGCCACAGCAAAACCUACAAGGGAAGACAAAGACUCUUUUUGGCAGUCUCUAAAAGAGGCUGCCGAAGGCUGGCCCACUGUGGAGAUGCUCCAUUUCAUUAAACACCUCCAGGUAUGUGGUACACCUGUGCUGGAGAGUGGCUUGCAUUUUCUACUGGAAGUGCAGAAAUUUAAAAAUGCUCAUCAUGACUGGCCUGACAUGACUCUUCUGAAGAAAAAGGUUCUUGUGAUACGUGAGUGUUUCCUUGCAUCUCAGAUUGAGCCUCGGUUACAGGUGGCUGUAGAUAAUAAGAGGCUGGGCAGAGCUAUCCGAGCAGCUGAGCAGGCCCUCCAAAAGGAGAUUCCGCCUCCAAGUUUAUUUGACAGUCUGAAGGAUUCAGUCUCCAGCAUGCUAAUGCCAUAUUGGGCUGCCUUUCAAAAACACUGGCUCAAGAGAUCUGUGGCAAGUGCACAAAGAGUUCCAGUGCUGAGAAAUCAGCUGCUGCUGCAGAAGAGACAGGCCAAGCUCAAUGAAUCGCCAUGUUCUCUUCGGCUGCCACCACUCCAGCAGCCCAAAGACGACAACGAAAGCAAGUCACAGAAUGGUUUUAUAUACUCUUUCUCCAUCAGUGAAGGCCUUGUAGUACAGAAUCCAAACAAAGACAUCUUGAACAUUAGCUCUGCUGUUUUCAGAAGCAUGAACAAACCCAAUGAUUUUGAGUUUCCUUCACUUCCAAUGUACCAGUGCUGAUUGAAGCAAGGAAGAAAGGUGCCUUCAUAUAGUUCCCAAGACUCUACAUUGUAAAACAUUCUAUAGGUUUGCUAGUUAAACAUGUAUUGGGACAGUGCUUGAUUGCAAUUAAGGACACACAUACAUGUAUGUAUUUUCCUUCUUUGUUGUUGAUAGGGGUAAUUUAACAGAAAUGUACCAUUUACUGUUGCCUUCUCUGUUGCCACUCCGGCCCUAUGGAAUGAGCUCCCCCGGAGAUCCAGGCCCUACCCACUCAUGGCCUUUCGCAAAGCCAUUAAAACCUGGCUUUUCCGGCAGGCCUGGGGCUGUUGACCCCUUGAUGGUGGUCCAGCCCCGUCUGAUUGGGGGUCUGUUGUGUUCCUUUUUAACUUGUUGUGUCCCAUUGUUUUAAUAAUUCUUUUAAAUUCUUUUUUUCAUUUCUGUAAGCCGCCCGGAGUCCUCCAGGAUUGAGCGGCAUAGAAAUUCAAUAAAUGAAAUGAAAUUUAGUUAAGAAAACUCAAAAUCCUGAUUGCCAAAAUAUCACCAGGAACACUUUUAGGAAGAUUGGAAUUUGUAAAUAAAUAAGAGGUUGUGCUUUUUCCAGGAAGGAUUCAUUAGCUCCCAUUAUGAAUUUGCAGCAUCAGUCUUUUUUUAUAAAAAACAUUUCAUGGCUAGACCCUGAGUCUAUGGGAAAGUCUCAGCUGAUACUUUCCAUCAAAUGGCAAGAGAGCAGUCCUGCAAUUGAGGCUUUAAAGGGUCAGGUACUAUGAGACUUCAUGAAGGGUGAGCUCAAAUUUUAUAUUUUUGUUCAUCAAUUGGUCUGUUACAAGUGUUUUUCUGAAAACCCCAAGUUCUCCACCCCCUGUGCCCCAAAAAAUAUUGUAAGGUUAACAAAUUGUCUUGAUUUCUGAGCAAUAUAAAAAGGCUAAGGAUAGGAUAAAAAAUUGAGUUGAAAAAAAGUGGUAAAUGUGACCUAUUUAAAAUUAAUCCAGGCAUGAUUAGGAAACCCUGGCAGGAUGAAUCUGGAUAUAAGAAGUUCAGAGUGGUUUGCACCAGAAUUAUUAUUUGUGUGAAGUGCUUUAAACAGCAAAAGCUCCCUUCAAAGUAAUUCUUACUUGCAAAAUUUGUACAACCAGCCAGAGAAAGGCUAGAUAGCAUACUUGCCUGGAAAUAAUU